AAGCUGCCUACAAUAAUGAAAACCCAUGUGACCGCAUGAUGUCAUGACAACCACAGCGGCUUUGCAUAUACCAGCGACUGCGGUUCCUGCGGGUUACAUAGAAUGUAUUUUCGUACGUAGAAGAAGGCAGAAACUAAAGUUUACAACUGAUUACAUGAAAUGCUAGUGGAAGACGACAUAGAUGAUCUUCUAGAUGAUGUCGAAGCGAAGUACUGUGAACACAUUCGCCAGCAAGCAUCUGCGCCUACAGCUGGAACUUCUUCUGAUGACAGCAUUGAAGAAGCUAUAAAUGAAAUAUGUAGAGUCCCCGGGCUAAACGUUCCUGAGAGUGAUCUCACGGAAAGUAAGCUAAGCGGUCGUAAAACUAUCCAGUGUUUUAUAGUCUACCUUGGCGGCACGGAUGUGGUCUUUGGAGUGUCCACGAGUGCAUCAAGAAGGGCCUGCAGUCAUAUUCACUGCUGCAAGUGCGACUUCCAAGUUGCUGUAUUCGAAGAUUAUGUCUGGGGCGAGACUGCAGACUACCUGUUCUUCAGGAACAUUUUUCCCGACGUAAAGAGGCUUCGCUCAAGGCUUGUCCGGAAACUUGGUUGGCGGGCCUAUUGCUGUCAGUGCCAUUGGCGCUCCGUGGUAGAACUUGAAUCCGCGCAACAACGGAGGCUUCCUUGGAUGUGCGCUCGCCACUAGCGCAAAUCCAUGCCACACAAUGCAGAAGGAUGAAGUCUAUAGUUGCACCAGAACAGGGGCCUUCCUAUGCAAACUUAGGUGCCCAAGGUUCACUUAUUCACGACCCCCCCCCCCCCCUUUUUUUUUUAUGGUGAGGUUAUGAAUGCUUCUCAUUACUGUUACACUACAUCUACGAGCAUGUGAGAUAAUGCCAAGGGUACAAUGGAAUCAUAGCAUUGAGGCAGUACAUGAAUUAUAUCAAAUUGAGGUACAUUUUAUAAAGUGUCAAUUAAGGUACAUUUUAUGAAGUGUUUAUAAAGUGGUACAUUUUAUAAAGUGUACAAAGUAUGCAGCUGUCAUCGACUCAUUUUUUUUUACUGUUAUAACAAUUUGAUUGUUUAAAAAUAUAGCCCAGGGGCUACCUGUCAAUCCUUGGUAGUUUCUGUGUUGACACUUUUGAAAAAGCCAAACAAAAGACUUGAGUGUCUGAUGAUGGAAUCAAACAUCAGCCUACCUGCUCAUGCUCUGAUCAUUAGAUCAGCAUUGCAUGCAUAACAUGACACAAAAGUAUGUGUGUACACACUAAUUUCUAUAGAGCCACCGCUAAAGUGAAAUUCUCUGAAAUUAACCACCCUUAUCACAAUUAGGGGUGUGUGAAUAUUCAUAAAUUUGAAAUAAAGAAUCAAACAGGUCUAUAUUAAUUUGGUACUCACAUCAAAUAGUGGAUAUUCAAAAUGCUGAAUAUUUUCCAAAUUAUCGACAACGAAGAAUACUCGAAGAAACAAGAUGUUGGAAUAGCAAAGGGCAAAGUCUUGUUUUCAUCGUUAAGUUACUCAAAUGCAUGCAAUCACCACGCAGAAAUUCCUCGGUUUGAAGAGCCCCUAUCCUAGAAUGCACAUAUUAAAGGUCUUGCAGUGUAACUUGCAACAUGUGUGGGAUGUUUAUACAAAGCAGCCACUUUCAUCCCUGUGCAGCUAAUGAAAACAAUGUAUUAUGCACUCUUUUACUGAAAAUGAUGCUAUGAAUAUUUAGUAUGAGCAGAUUCCUGGUAAGAGGGAUGACAUCACUAGGUAACUAUUAAUACAUCAUUCUUACAAAAUACGUGUACUACGCUGUGUUCCACACAGCGAAGACACCACCAUAAUUUCUUAAGCACCAUUUGUUAAAGGCUGACUAAGGAAUUCAAGCUGGUUCCAUUGGUACAUCAUGAAAAAUCAUGCAUUUAUAAAAGCAACAAUGAAUCAACGUGCUACUUUAGAGAAAAAAAAAAAAACGACACAUGCCAAUAGUACGGACUUAUGGUAAGAGAUAUGUGCACUAUCAAACCAUGUCUUCUUAAUAGAUUCAAAAUGAUUUGGACUUUGAUGUAAGUCCAAAAUUCUCUAAAAAACAACUAAAGAGGGUCUUGGUAAAUAACAUGCUCACAGUCAGGUUAUAUAAUUAAAAUACACUGCUUAUUAUAUUGUUUACAAAUAUGCAUUUUUGUUUGUGCAUGAUGACCUGUCAUGCAUUUAUUUAACAGCGCUUUCAUCUUAAAUCUUUUUUGUUGUUUAUUAAUUUGUUGAUGUUCAGUACUUUUGUAUUGACACAUAUAUUAUCAUUAAAGAAACAUACUUAGCAUGUAUGCUCUCAAUCACAAA